AUGGCCACUUCAAAUUUUCACGACUUCUCUACUCUAACAAAUGCGUCUGAUCCCGGCCUUUCAUCACUAACUUUCGCUUUACAGGCCCUUCUCCAUCGCCAUGAGAGCUACAUAGCCGAGGCGGAAAGGGACCGCCAACGGCUUGAAUCAAGCCUCACCGAACUAGAGGCGGAGAAGCGCAAGGUGCAAGAAGAAAAUGCACGCAUCGUCGAGGAAAAUCGGUCGCUUCUCGACCAUCUGGAGAGUUUGAACAGAACGGCAUUGGAAUCGGACGACCAUGUACGAUCGCUCACGCAGGCCCUGGAAAACACGCAGACCGAACUGCGCCGAGUCACUGCUGCCGCAGCACGGGCAGCGGAUCUUGAGGCUCAACUGGUCUUGAUGGAAACGCAGCAAUCUCAUCUCCAGGACCAGGUGAUGACAGCCUGCGAGAGCGAAAAAUCUGCCAUUCAACGCUGGAAGAGCGCACAGUUAAUGCUACGUGACCUCCACGAACAGGUCGAGCGGAUCGAAAGCGAAGCACGCGAAGAGCGUGAACAACAUGAAGAGCUCAUCCAGAGGCUCGAACGCAAACGGGCCGUGGAACGAGAACUUGACAGAGCCGCUGGGCGCCUGAAAGGAGCGGCUGCUGCAUCUGAGCUCGGGCGGAACCCAAACACACAUGUAGUAUCCCGAUUUGUUAAGGACAUACUGCAAGACAACGCAAAUCUACAAGUCGGAAUAAUGGAGCUACGUGAAAUGCUCGAGAGCUCGAAUCAAGAAGUCCAAAACUUGCGAGAACAGAUACAUAUGCACCAACCGCUGGCCGGCCUCGGGGAGACGGAGCAUGGUGGGCCUCUUCGCUGCACGACUCUCAGUGAGGAGCUUCGGUCCAAGGAGCGCCCGGCUUCCAAAGAAUUUCACAUUCAUCAUCACUAUCACACAUCUACGUCUGCGUUGAAGAAAGAGAAGGGCACGUUGACUCGGCGAGCCAAGAAACGACGCCCAACCUUGGGCAGUCCUGCUCCCUUGUACUCAUCUGUCAACGGUCAAUCUCCGCGCCGGCCCUCGCACCGCUCACAAUCCUCUAGCUCGUCGAUAAAUACCAUUCUUUCUCAAACAUCAGUCUCAAUACCUCCUACAUCAUCUCGCAGGUGGUCGCACUGUUCCCCUGCGACUGACUCCAUGGCCAGCUCGCCACGGUCGGCCUUCCGUACAUCAUCCAUUUUCGAUCGCAUCGAUCGUGAAUUUGAAUCUUCUCAGCCCACAAGCCCCGAGAGCACAGCAUUUUCCUCUCCGGUACUUCAGGCACAUAAUGGCAAGGGACUUGACUUGCCCAUCCGAUCACUACCGCCACUUGAUGACAUCAAUCGCGAGGGCGCUUCACCAGACUCAUAUGGCGAAUGGCCUUCGGCGCAGUCAGAUCAUGCAGGACUAUAUGCAAAUAUGACGCAUCAACCGAUACCAGAGGAGUCAGAGACUCCUCCACGAUCAUCACACGGCUCGACAACACUUGACCCUGGGUUAUCACCAGAAAAGGUGUUCGCACUUCAGUUUCCUCCUCUUCGCAGAUCAAGUUCGCACGAGAGCUUGCUCUCAGUGGCGGGAAUGGACAUUCACACGCCUAAUGAUCGUCACGCCCGUAUGCGUAUGGGGGAAUGGUACCCUGGUCCGCGCAUCCCGCGACGCCUGGUAUAUCCGAGUACUGAAUUAGCUUCCACACCACCCGUUGUUUCAGCUCCAAUCGUGAUUGCAGACCGUGCAUCUGGACCCAUUCAAUCCCCACGGUCUCUGUUGGCUUCGGUCGCUGCAGGCAGUGGCCUUGCUUUGGAAUCGGGGUCUAUUAAUUCGGCGGACAGCAACAGCAACAGCAACAGUACCACAUCCAUGGCCACUCUGGGUCCUCGGAAAACCACCACGUUAACCAGGCGCAUGGGUGGGUGGGUCCUCGGCAAAUGGGGCACGGCACCUGUUCCAAGCGAUGCACUAGAAGACAAUAAAAGUGCUACACAUGCAGCUGCCGAGGCUACUGAUCACUUGUCAGCAUCAUCUCUACCAGCCGCACAACCACGUUUCCGAUUCACAGGUGUGAAUCAGAAAGGUCCCAUUCUGGGCUUGCGCCCACCCCCGCAGGCACCAACUAAUGUUCAACCGAAGGAUAUAGACCAGGAUCUUCUCCGCGAGAGUCUUGCGGAAGGGGGAUUAUGA